GUAUUAGAAAAAAUUUCUGUCAUACCAAAUGUAGGAUUUCUUGGUAAUAUUAAAAUUUCUAUUAAAGCUAGUUUAUAUCUAAAUUAAAAUCUGAGUUAUUCUAGAAGAAAUUAUUAAAUAAAUAACAGUACAGGUGACAAAUGUAUUACACAGUACAUCCUCUGGACCCACAGUGACCCCACAGAGAUAAACCUGUGUUGAUUGAAAAGUAUAUAAACUACUCUGAAAGAUACAGGCAGGGUACAAGAAAAAGAGGUGUAGGAAUAACUUGGUGGUAGUGGGAAGAUCAGGAAGUGCUUCCUAGGAUUGAGUGUGAAGGACUGAUAGGCCUGAAGAGGUUGCAGAACAAGAUUUGAUUAGGAAGGUCAAGCAGUUGGGUUAGACUGGCUUAUAGGUUGUGUGUCCUGGAGUGACUGGAGAGUAAAACAAGAAUAGCAUCACAAAAGGCUUUUGAUGCUUAUGGUAGGGAGGUUGGACUUUAUCUGAAGAUGAAGGGAAGCUAUUGAACAGUUUAAGCAGUAAAAUGGAAUGAUCAGAGUUUUAGAGGAUGCCUGACCAGUUAGGACACUGGUUUAUUAGUUAGUUCAGAGGAAAAGAGAUGAAGGUACAACUAAGGCAAGUGACACUGGGCAUCAAGAAGUAUAUGUGUGCUAAUUUUAGAUUUCUUAGCGAAGUGGAAAUGAUAGGACGCAGUGGUCAGUUGGCUAGAAAUGUUGAAGUCUGGGGAGUUUAGAUUGACUCCCAAAUUUUUGGUUUGGGUAACUAGGUGCCAUGUAGAGCAAUUAACUAAUUGAACAGUAUACAGAAAGAGGAAAGAACUCAGUUUCAUUUGUUUGCUUUUGAGGAAAAAGAUAAGUUUGUAUUUGAACUUACUAAAUCUGAGGGGCUUGUGGGACAUCUUGGUUAAGAUCCAGUAGUAGAUGACAGGGAUGUUUUAGAAGUUAAGAGAUGCAACCCAGCCUGGGGAGAUUUGGGAGUCUUCAGCAUUUGGAAGUUUGGAAGCCAUUGUUUUCUAUAGUGCAGUAUGAGAUAGAUUAAAAUGGCAUAUAGAUAAGCACUUGAAAAAAUUUUAAUUUUUUAGGUAAGGAUUUAAUGUAUAUGAAAAACAUAACUUGCACAUCAAACCUAUGAUCUUAUGGACAUUAUCACUUAGGCCAAGUGAGCUCAAUAAAAGGAAAAUUUUAAGUAAAAAUACAUGUAACAUGUGGAAAUGACAAAAAUCAUGGUGAAGCUAUGCAAAUGAUGAAAGUUCAGAAAGUAUUGUCUUAAGCCAUGGGUAUGGUGGAUGAGGUCACUCAAGGAAAGAGUAAGAGUGAGAAGAAAAGAGAGUUGACAUUUGGGUGGCGGGGAAUGGAGAAGAAGAGCCCAUGAAGGAGACUGAGGAAGAGCAGCCAGACGAAUAGGAGGAGAACCAGGAGAAGAUGGUCUUUGGAGUCCAAAUGAAGAGUUCUGAGGAGGAAGUGGUCCACAGCGUCAAGUAAGUUGUAAGCUGAAAAGUGCUCUUUGGAUUUAGCAGUUAAGGUAGACAACGUAGAUGGAAACACCAAACGGGAUUUUUACAAAUACUCACCUAAUAUUAAUGUUAAUGGUGGCUAGUAUUUGCAGCAUAUCCCAUGUGCCCAGUACUCACUCUUGUAAGCACUUCACAGGUGUUAACUGAUUAAUCAGGUAGGAAGUAUUGUUAUUCCCAUUUGAUACGUGAGGAAACUGAAGCAUAGAGAGGUUAAAUAACUUGCACAAGAUCACAUGGGAGAGCCAAGAUUCAAGCCCAGGCAAUCUUGGCUCAAGUCCAUUCUCUUAACCAAAUUGCCACCUUGCCUCUCUAGUUAAAACAAAAUAGAAAAUAUAAAUUACACCAGUGUCGUAAUUACAGUACAAUUGGUGUUGUGUGUGGUAUCAGUGAGAUCUGCCAGGCUUGAAUGACCAGCAUCAUACCACGGUGGCUCGGUCUGCUAGGUAUGAGCACAUUAAUUGUAUUGUAAUUGACGCCAUGAUGUGUAGGCAGAGACAGUUCUUGGCUCUUUCUGUAUUUAUAUAUCAAAAAAGUUUGUACGACAAGUGAGUUUAAGAGUGUGUAUGUUUCCUAGCAUAGCAUAUGUCCCACUUUAUGUGCCAUACUUUGGGUGCUUCAGUGUCUUAUUUUUUCUGGUCAUUGUUCACUUUUGGAGUUAAAUUUUGUGAACUCUGGAAAUAUUGUUAACGCAGAACAAAUCAGGUUGCAGACAUAGGUAACCAGUCUAUUGUAGGUGGUUGUUAAUGGUCUUGCUGAAAGCAGUUUCCCUUGACUGAUAGAAGUGGAAACCAGAUUGUUGGAAACUGAAAGUGAGUGAGAACAGAGGAUCCUUAGAUGGGAGAAAAAGGAAGAAGUCUUGACAAUAUGGAGGAAUGGCUGUGGUAGGAGCCAGGGAAGACAUGAACCAUAUAUGACUUGGCUUUGGUCAGAGAGGAGCUGAUCAGAGUGAAAACUGGUGAUCUGAGGUGUGGCCUUGGGGAGGAAGAGCAUAGCGAGUUGGGCAGUGAAGUUCAUGUUAGUGCAAGAGGUAAACUACAAGGCUAGGGUAUUACCUGCUUAGGCCUUAAUGUGGCUGGGAUGAUGAUGGGAUUUAGAGGAAAGAAGAGAACAUUGUGAACUAGUUACCAUUGUUCUGUUCUUGAAACAUGACAGUAACUAAGCGUUAGGUAGGUAGGUGACAGUGAUGGAAAAGUAGAUGUAGUGAAAUAGAAUGUUUGAGAGAAGAGACUGUGGAAUUGGAGGAGUUGGUUUGAAUCCUUCUAGCUUGAUGACCUUGAGCAAAUUAUUAAAUUUUACUGAGAAUGUUUUCCAUCCAUACAGUGGUGAUGAUGAUAAUUGGGCCUGCCACAAAGAAUUGCUGUGAGGUUUAAAGAGAUAAUGAAUGUGAAACAUUUGGUACAGCAUGUGACAUACAGUACAAAGAGUUUGCUAAGAAGAUUGUUACUGUUCUUCGCUUCUGAUAUUGUGAAGUUUUUAUACCGCAAAUUGGAUGGAUUGAUUAAAGAAUUAGAUUUGUAUUUCAAGGACUAAUGGUGGUCUUGUUUGGAAAAAAGAAACCUGCUAGUCCUAGUAAUGGGAUAUGGUGGUGAAGUGAAGAGAUGUAAGGAAUGCUGUUAAUGAUGAGAAGGUCAUUACUUGGGCAAGAGAUAGUAGUAACAAAAAUGCUGUAUUUUUCAGUGAUGCUUAGAUUUCUGAUAGCUAUAAAAAUCAUUAUUAUUGAAUUUGCGCUUCAGGAAAAAAAAUCCCUUAGUCUGCAACUUUAGCACUAAUUACUCUUUCCUCCAUUAAAAUAUUUGUAAAAAAUGGCUUUUUAUAAUUUGAGGGUUUUUUCCUCUUUGCAAUCUAACAGUGCUGUGUGUUGCAAUAGUUGUGAGGGUGUUAGGAGCAGAAAUUGUUAGGAGGAUGGAAGGUCUGGACGAGGCAUUGGGGACUUAGGAGGUUGGCAGACUCACCCCAUACCACUCUAGCCUCACUCCUUUGCCCAAGGCAGAAACACACUGAAAGAUAGUAGAAUAUGAGCAGCUGACAGGAAACAGUUUUCUUAGUUAAGGAGUUAAGGUUUAAUUCAGGUCAAUAGAUUGAAAAAUGUAGCAGAGUUUGAAUAUGAUGAAGUGGCACGUUUCACAGAGCACAGGAGACAUAGGUAGGGUAUAUCCCUAGCAGUGGGAAGAUGUCUUUUCUUCAGCAUGUGGGCUUACCAUGUGCUAGGCACAUACAAAAAUAAGAUGCCCUUAAUUAUCUUUCAUCUAAGGUAGAUAUGUAAACAGAUUAAGAGUAGAGCUGGUGAAUAUAUGAACCUAAGGCAAGAAAGAAAUAGGUGAAACUAUUUGGAGAAAGUCAGGGAAAGAGGAACAGCAGAAUGGGGAUGAUUAUCUUCCAGAGCUCAGUGUUCUGAUUGAAGUUAUCUCCUUGGGGGCAUAGGUUCCAAGUGUUUUUCUAAUAUGCCAUAGAAGCUAGGAAAACUGCUUCUCAAAUCAUCUCAUAUGAUUUAAUUGCUGAUUUGGGUUUGUGUUGUUUCCUUAGGAUCGUGCACCAUGGAUGAUUUUGUGGAGGGAGAUUUCACUGUAGCAGAUUAUGCCUUGUUAGAAGAUUGCCCUUAUGUGGAUGAUUGUGUCUUUGCUCCUGAAUUUAUGACUGAUGAUUAUGUUCGUGUGACUCAACUGUACUGUAAUGGGGUGGGUAUGCAGUAUAAAGACUAUGCCCAAAGUCAGAGAAAUUUUGAAUUUGACAUCUGCAGUAUAUGGUGCAGUAAACCAAUUUCUGUCUUACAAGAUUAUUGUGAUGCCAUUAAAAUAAACAUCUUCUGGCCACUUCUGUUUCAACAUCAAAACAAUUCUAUAAUAUCACGAUUGCAUCCCUGUUUGGAAACCAACAAUUCUCGUGCUUCUGAGAUAAGUUUGAAGAAAUUACAACAUCUUGAGUUGAUGGAAGACAUUGUGGAUUUGGCAAAGAAAGUUGCUAAUGAUUCAUUCCUUAUUGGAGGUUUAUUGAGAAUUGGUUAUAAGAUAGAAAAUAUUAUAUACCUGGCUUAUGUUUCCCCAAAUGAAAUUAUUAGACCCUUGAAAAUCUUGGCAAUGGAAGAAGCUUUGAACUGGAUAAAAUAUGCAGGCGAUGUAACAAUUCUAACUAAAUUAGGAUCAGUUGAUAAUUGUUGGCCUAUGUUAAGAGUUUUCUUUACUGAAUAUAAGCAUCAUAUAACUAAAGUUAUAACAGAAAACUGUGAUUUGCUGGAAGAUUUUAAAGCCCAAAGUUGUGCGGACUGUAUAGAGCAAGGAGAAUUAAUGAAAAUGAAAGGAAAUGAAGAGUUUGCCAAAGGAAGAUUUGAUAUAGCUAUUAUAUAUUACACCAGAGCCAUUGAAUAUAGACCUGAAAACCACCUUCUUUAUGGUAACCGAGCUCUUUGUUUUCUUCGUACUGGACAGUUCAGAAAUGCACUUGGUGAUGGAAAGAGAGCCACUAUUCUGAAGAGCACUUGGCCAAAGGGUCAUUAUCGUUAUUGUGAUGCUCUUUCUAUGCUGGGGGAAUAUGACUGGGCCCUUCAAGCAAACAUAAAAGCUCAAAAACUCUGUAAAAAUGACCCUGAGGGAAUCAAGGAUCUUAUUCAGCAGCAUGUAAAGUUACAAAAACAAAUAGAAGACCUACAAGGUCGAACACCAAAUAAGAAUCCAAUAAAAGCCUUUUAUGAGAGUAGGGCCUACACAUCUAAGAGUUUGUCACCACCUACAUUUAGUACUUCACUUAACUUUGUGGAGAAGCAAAGGAAUUUCAGAAAAACUAAGCACGCAAUGGCAAACGGCGGUAAUCAGAAUCUAAAGGUGGUAGAUGAGGCUUUGAAGGUAGAUGAUUGUGACUGUCAUCCUGAAUUUCCACCACCAUCAAGUCAGCCUCCAAAACAUAAAGGAAAACAAAAAUCCCGAAACAAUGAAUCAGAGAAACUCAGUUCUAAUUCACAGUUGACUUUACCAGUAGAUUUGAAAAACAUCUUAGAGAAACAAUUUUCAAAAUCUUCCAGAGCUGCACACCAGGAUUUUGCUAAUAUAAUGAAAAUGCUGAGAAGUUUAAUUCAAGAUGGUUACACAGCCUUGUUGGAGCAGCGUUGCCGCAGUGCUGUGCAGGCUUUUACAGAGUUGCUGAAUGGUUUAGACCCUCAAAAAAUAAAGGUAAAGUUGCGUCUACUGAAGGAAUUAUCUGAAGCUGAAAACCAGUUCAAGAGGAUUAUUGAACACUACCCCAAUGAGGGCCUUGAUUGCUUGGCCUACUGUGGAAUUGGAAAAGUAUAUUUGAAGAAAAACAGAUUUCUAGAAGCUCUCAAUCACUUUGAGAAAGCGAAAACCUUGAUCUAUCGUCUUCCUGGAGUGUUAACUUGGCCCACAAGUAAUGUGAUUAUUGAAGAGUCUCAGCCAGAGAAAAUAAAGAUGCUGUUAGAGAAAUUUGUUGAAGAAUGCAAAUUCCCUCCAGUGCCAGAUGCCAUUUGUUGCUAUCAGAAAUGCCGUGGAUAUUCCAAAAUACAGAUAUACAUAACUGAUCCAGACUUUAAGGGUUUUAUACGUAUCAGCUGUUGCCAGUACUGUAAAAUAGAAUUUCACUUGAACUGCUGGAAGAAAUUGAAAACCACAACCUUUAAUGAUAAAAUUGACAAGGAUUUUUUACAAGGUAUUUGCCUUACCCCUGACUGUGAAGGUAUCAUUUCUAAGAUUAUCAUCUUCAGCAGUGGUGGUCAAGUUAAAUGUGAGUUUGAACACAAGGUCAUAAAAGAAAAGGUUCCUUCAAGACCUAUUCUGAAACAGAAAUGUUCUAGCCUAGAGAAGCUAAGACUGAAGGAAGACAAAAAAUUGAAGAGAAAGAUCCAAAAAAAAGAAGCAAAACGAUUAGCACAAGAAAGAAUGGAAGAGGACUUAAGAGAAAGUAAUCCACCCAAAAAUGAAGAGCAGAAAGAUACUGUAGACAGUAUUCAGAGCUGUCAGUUCCUUGAUGACAGAAUUCUACAGUGCAUAAAGCAGUAUGCUGACAAGAUUAAAUCCGGUAUACUGAAUACUUCCAAGCUUCUCAAAGAGUUGCUUUCUUGGAAAGUUUUGAGCACAGAAGACUAUACAACCUGUUUCUCUAGCAGAAAUUUUCUAAAUGAAGCAGUGGACUAUGUCAUUUGUCACUUGAUUCAAGAAAAGAAUAGAGUAAAGACAAGGAUAUUUCUGCAUGUUUUAAGUGAGCUUAAAGAAGUGGAGCCUAAAUUAGCCACUUGGAUCCAGAAACUUAAUAGCUUUGGCUUAGAUGCCACAGGACCUUUUUUUUCUCGCUAUGGAGCAUCUCUUAAAGAGCUUGAUUUUAGUAUCAUGACUUUUCUCUGGAAUGAGAAGUAUGGUCAUAAACUAGGUUCCAUAGAAGGAAAGAAGCUUGAUUAUUUCUGUGAGCCAACAUCACUGAAGGAAGCACGCUGUUUAAUAUGGCUGCUGGAAGAACACAGGGAUAAGUUCCCAGCACUGCACGGUGCUUUAGAUGAAUUCUUUGAUAUAAUGGACAGCCGCUGUACUGUGCUAAGGAAGCAAGACAGUGGUGACGCGCCGUUUGGUUCUACCAAGAUAAAAAACAAAGGAAAGAAAAAGAAGCCAAAAGAUUCAAAGCCUAUGUUAGUUGGGUCUGGAACAACUUCAGUAACACCAAAUGAGACUUCAGGUGAAAACCAUAACAGACGAAAUUCAGAUUCUGCAGGCCCAUUUGCAGUGCCUAACCAUCUUCGACAAGAUGUGGAAGAAUUCGAAGCUCUGUAUGACCAGCACAGUAACGAGUAUGUUGUCCGCAACAAGAAGUUAUGGGACAUUAACCCAAAACAAAAAUGUUCAACUCUCUAUGAUUACUUCUCUCAGUUGUUGGAGGAACAUGGUCCUUUGGACAUGAGUAACAAGAUGUUCUCUGAAGAAUAUGAGUUUUUCCCAGAAGAAACACGACAGAUACUAGAAAAAGCAGGCGGUUUAAAAUCUUUUCUCCUGGGAUGUCCUCGUUUUGUUGUGAUUGACAACUGUAUUGCACUGAAGAAAGUUGCGUUACGGCUCAAGAAGAAAAGAAAGAAGAAAAACAUUAAAACAAAAGUAGAAGAAAUUUCAAAAACAGGAGAGUAUUUACGAGUUAAACUGCCACUGAAUCCAGCUGCUCGGGAAUUUAAACCAGAUGGAAAGUCCAAACCAGUGUCUGAUUUAUCUUCAUCAUCAGCUUCUGAGGAUGUGAAGGCCAAACCUGUGCCUGCUAAUUCUCCCAAACCCGCUUGUGAAGAUCUGAAGCCCAAACUGGUAUCUGAUGAUUCUUCUAAACCAGUUUCUGAGGAUGGGAAACCCAAUGAGGUCACUGCUGAUUCUCCCAGACCAGUCUUGGAGGAUGCAAAUCACCAGCAAGCUGCCUCUGAUUCUCCUAAACCAGUUCCUGAGGACGUGAAACCAACCUACUGGACUCAAUCCCAUUUGGUCACAGGAUACUGCACGUAUCUUCCUUUUCAUGGAUUUGACAUCACCCAGGCAGCUCCAGCCUACAUAAACGUGUUAACAAGUUUGCCCCGGUAUGCUGGCCUGUACACACCUUUGGCCAGCAUUUCUUCUGAAUAUCAGCUGCAAACACCAGUACCCGUGGUAUCAUCUUUUGUAGCUGAUGACAGAGCAGACAAAAAUCCUGCUGCGUAUUUUGAGGGUCAUCAUUUGAAUACUGAAAAUGCCACUUGUAACCAGAUUGCUUUGGGAACACAGAUCUUUGAGGACUCUUUGGGAACAUCUGUAAAGUCACAGUGCAGCACGGAUGAUGCUGAUAUGGCCCCAAGUGAGUCUAACAGAAAUGGUGGACACUGUGAGAAUUCUAACAAUGAAUGUGAAGUAAAUCUGGAAAGUACCAAUGCAGUAACAGAUAUUCUACAUACACAGACUGUUGCUAUACAGGUUUCCUGGAACAUAACAUACCAAGAAGUCAAUACUGACCCAUAUGAUCCUUUUGAGGCAAAACAUGGAGACAUGGCAGAGAUUGAAAAAGAGUACCAACUAUUACAAGAGCAGCUUAAAGAAGCAUGUGAAAAUUAUGAGCAGAUAAAACUUAAGAGCUCAGAAGAGACCAAGGACCUGGAAGAAAAGUUGAAAAGGAACUUAGAAGAAAAUCAGAUCUCAAAGACAGAAUUAGAUUGGUUUCUUCAAGAUUUGGAAACAGAAGUUAAAAAAUGGCAACAGGAGAGAAAAGAAAUUCAAGACAGACUAAAAGCACUAAAGAAGAAAAUCAAAAAGAUUUCAAGUGGAAGUGAAAUGUAUACCCAGAAAAACGAUGGCAAGGAUAAGGAACAUGAAUUACAUCUGGAACAGUCUCUUGAAAACAGUAAUAUAUUUACAAAGGAGAAAAUGAAACUAGAAGAGUGUAUAAAGAAAGGGAAAGAGCAUUAUGAAGAGAGUCAUCAAAGAGCUGUGGCUGCAGAGAUAUCUGUGCUUGAAAACUGGAAGGAAAGCGAAGUAUGUAAGUUGCAGAUCAUGGAAUCUCAAGCAGAAGCCUGUCUGAAGAAUCUGGAGCUGAUGAGUGAUUCUGCAACAUAUCCCGACAUGGAGUCUGAUAUAUGUUCAUGGAAAUCAUUUCUUUCUAAUGUUACAAAAGAAAUUGAGAAAGCAAAAAGUCAGUUUGAAGAACAAAUUAAGGCAAUUAAAAAUGGUUCUCAGCUCAGCGAACUUCCUAAAGUGCAGGUUUCUGAGCUAUCGUUUCCUGCCUGUCACACAAUUCAUCCUUCGUUACAUCCUGAGUCUUCAGGCUAUGAUGACCAAGGCUCUGUGACUUCACCAAGUGACACAACUGAAGACCAAACGGUGGCUCAUGAGGGUCCAGGUCUCUUUUUUGCCAGUGACUGCCCAGUGGAGGCUUCUCCUGUACUGUUGCCGGGGCCGCCCUCCUGUCAGCCUAAAGUCACUCAGCCAUCGGAACGCAAGCGGGCUGGCCAGGUCACUCCAUCGAAACACAGCCCUGUGGUGGAUCCUGUCCCUGCUCCUUCAGGACGCACUGCUGGUACAAGCCAGUCUCCAAAAAAGCCGUUCAACAGUAUCAUUGAGCACCUGUCUGUGGUGUUCCCAUGCUACAACAGCACUGAGCUUGCUGGUUUUAUUAAAAAAGUGCGAAACAAAAACAAAAACUCACUAUCAGGAUUGAGUAUUGAUGAAAUUGUCCAAAGAGUGACGGAACACAUUCUAGAUGAACAGAAAAAGAAAAAGCCAAAUCCUGGGAAAGACAAGAGGACACCUGAGCUCAGCUCUGCAGCUUCUGUGACCAGGUCCUUCCAGGGCCCACCCUCAGUGAUUGUCGGACCAUCACCCAAAACCAAGGGGCAAAAAGCAGAGGAUGUCCCUGUGAGUGUUUCAUCAGGCACGAGUUCCUGUGAAUUAUGCCAUGAGGUGUUCAAAUCAAAAAAUGUGCGUGUGCUAAAAUGUGGACACAAGUAUCACAAAGGGUGCUUUAAGCAGUGGCUUAAAGGGCAGAGCACUUGCCCGGCCUGCUGGGAUCGGGAUCUCCUGUCAGAAGAGUAGCCUGCACCGCCUGGAAGAGGCCAGCCCAGUGGAAACCGGGGGCUGUCUUCCUGCCGCAGGUGGUCGCACUCACUGGAGUGAAGCGCUGGUGCCCUAAAUCGGGAGAAUGGCAAUGCGCUACCCUUGAUACAGAGAGCAGACAUCGGAAGGCCCUCCCGCAUUGUGUCACUCGGCUAAUAACGAACUCUUUAGUACAAUUGACAUGAAUUCAUUUUCCCACUCAGAUAAACACUUCAAUGACAGCCCAAGUAGCGGCCAGUAGAGUGACAUGGAACCACAUUCUUACCUUGUCAUUGAUGGGCUGCUGCAGAGGUGCUCUUUGAGGUGGUGGCUUCUUUUGGAAAACAUUGUGAGUGGCUCAAAGCAGUGUUUGAGUUAUAAGAAUUCUUAAUGUACUCAGUGCUCCACGUUUCCCUUUUGUGUUUGAAAAACCUAUUUUAAUAGCCCCACAAGAGAGAUGAUACUGACCUUUUAAAAGUUUUUAUAAGAUUCUGUAUUCCUGAAAAUGUGCCAACAUUUUUCCUCAAAGAUUCUACAUUUUAGAAGCAGGCAUAAAGCAAACUACAUUUUAAUAAUUUGUAGUUAAUCUGAAAAUAUUGGCUGAUUUAGACCAAAAGAUUCAAAUCUCCUCUUUGUGAAAUGCCAUGUGCUUUCAAUUUUUCCAUUUGUUAUUUUAUUUAG